AUGGCGCACAAAGAUGAACUGCCGAAUGAUUGUUCGAAAUGUGGUCGACGAUUCGCCACUCCAGAAGAUAAGCAAACGCAUGAAUUGCGUUGUCAACGUAAAUCGAUCAGAUGCGCAAUUUGCAGCAAACAAUUCGUCCAACAGUUCAAACUGAAUCAGCAUUUGUCAACAACGCACAGCGAUCAAUUCCCGUUUCAAUGCUCCAAAUGCUUCGGAGGAUAUGCAACCGAAGAUGCAAAAGAGGUUCAUGAAGAUAGCUGUGGCUGGCGUCAGUAUCAAUGCCAUUUGUGCAAAGAGCAUUCUCGUUCCAAACAGGAGUUGAAGCUUCACAUGCGAAAAGAUCACACCGGAGAACGGAUUCAAUGCAAAGUGUGUGCAGCAAGCUUUACUCGUAAAAGUCAUGCCAAUCAACACAUGAAAACAGUUCACCGUUUGAAGAAGAAAUAA